GCGCGCCCAGCUGUUUCUAUAGGAACCAGGUCUGCGCUGGGGGCCCCUGCGGCUUGGGUCCACGUGUGAGCAUGCCCAGUGCAAGCCGCUAGUUUGUCUUGGUCUAGGUUUCCAGUAAGUGGCCUGCGGGACUCGGGAGAGAUCCCAAUGAGCUGAGCCGAGAGCCUUUUGUGUGCAGAGGGCGGAGGAGGAGGCGGCGGCUGCCUGACUGCAGACCCCGCCCGGGGAGCUCCGGCAGGAACAAUGCUUGCCUGCCUGACCCGCGGGAACUUACUGGACGUCCUGCAGGAGGGCUUCAAUGAGCAACAGCUGCAGGCCUAUGUGGCCUGGGUGAAUGCACAGCUGAAGAAGAGGCCAUCAGUGAAGCCCGUACAGGACCUGCGACAGGAUCUCCGGGAUGGGGUGAUCCUGGCAUACCUCAUUGAGAUUGUUGCAGGAGAAAAGCUGAGUGGGGUACAACUGAGUCCUAGUAACCAACAAGAGAUGAAGAAUAAUGUAGAGAAAGUGCUACAGUUUGUGGCCUCCAAAAAGAUUCGUAUGCACCAGACUUCAGCUAAAGAUAUUGUGGAAGGAAACCUAAAAUCUAUCAUGAGGCUGGUCCUUGCCUUGGCAGCUCAUUUCAAACCCGGUUCUAGCAGGACAGUGAGCCAAGGACAGGACUCCAGAUCCCCGCUGCAGAGUCACCAACCACACUGUGCCACUGCAGUGGCUCAGGGAGCAGCUGCUGCUCUGGCUGAUGUGUGCCAUGACAUGUCACGGUCAGGACGGGAUAUCUUCCGAUACAGACAGAGAAACAGCAGCAUGGAUGAAGAGAUUGAGAAUCCAUACUGGAGUGUGCGGGCACUGGUGCAGCAGUAUGAAGGGCAGCAACGAUCCCCAUGUGAGUCCAGCUGCUCCAGCCUGACUUCACCCAGUCCAAUCCACAGUGCAAAGAGUGAAUCCAUUAUAACCCAGGCGGAAGAAAAGGCAGAUUUUGUGAUUAUUCCCUCAGAUGGAAUAGAGAACAGAACAGAGGAGAUAGACUCUCCAUUAUCCCAAGACUGGCAGCCAGGGAGCCCUGGAACCUAUCUGGAGACCUCAUGGGAAGAACAGCUGUUGGAACAACAAGAACAUUUAGAAAAAGAAAUGGAGGAAGCAAAGAAAAUGAUAUCAGGACUACAGGCCUUACUGCUCAAUGGAUCCUUACCUGAAGAUGAACAGGAGAGGCCUCUGGCCCUCUGUGAACCUGGAGUCAAUCCUGAAGAACAGCUGAUUAUAAUCCAGAGUCGUCUGGAUCAGAGCAUGGAGGAAAAUCAAGACCUAAAGAAAGAACUGCUGAAAUGUAAACAAGAAGUCAGAAAUUUACAGGGGAUAAAGGAUGCCUUGCAGCAGAGAUUGACUCAGCAGGACACAUCUGUUCUUCAGCUCAAACAAGAACUACUGAGGGCAACUAUGGACAAAGAUGAGCUGCAUAACCAGAAUGUGGAUCUGCAGAGGAAGCUAGAUGAAAGGAACCGGAUCUUGGGAGAAUAUAAAAAGGAGCUGGGGCAGAAGGAUCGCCUCCUUCAGCAGCACCAGGCCAAGUUGGAAGAAUCACUCCGGAAACUCCCAGAUGCCAGUUACCAGAAGGUGGAUCUAGAAUGGGAGCUAGAACACAAAGAUGUCCUUUUGGCUCAUUGUAUGAAAAGAGAGGCAGAUGAGUUGACCAACUACAACAGUUACAACUCUCAAAGCAAUGGCUUUUUCAUUCCAACGGCAGGAAAAGGAGCUGCUUCCAUCACUCACAGAGGGACCAGCGAUCUGCAGCUUGUCCGAGAUGCCCUGCGAAGCCUUCGCAACAGUUUCAGUGGCCACGACCCUCAGCACCACACCAUCGACAGCUUGGAGCAGGGCAUCUCCAGCCUCAUGGAGCGUCUGUACCUCAUGGAGACACAGAAGAAACAGGAAAGAAAGGUUCGGAGCAAGUCAUCCAGAACUCAGGCAGGUAGUGAAUACCGGGAGUCUUGGCCACCUCAUUCAAAAUUGCCUCACUCACAGAGUUCUCCAGCUGUCAGCAGCGCCUGCACUAAAGUGCUGUAUUUUACUGACCGGUCACUUACGCCCUUCAUGGUUAAUAUACCAAAGAGGUUGGGGGAGGUGACAUUGAAGGAUUUUAAAGCAGCUAUUGAUCGGGAAGGGAAUCAUCGGUAUCACUUCAAAGCACUGGAUCCUGAGUUUGGCACUGUCAAAGAGGAGGUUUUCCAUGAUGAUGAUGCCAUCCCUGGAUGGGAAGGAAAAAUUGUAGCCUGGGUGGAAGAAGACCAUGGAGAGAAUUAACCCUGAGGAUUGAAAUUUGAUUACUCUCUGGCUGCUUCACUCAGUAAAGGGACUAAAACCAGAGUGCCCUAAGAAGUUUUUAAAUUGUGCUACCAGUAUCAAAGCUUCUCCGAGUGUGAAGGUCAUAGGCUAGUCCUGUUUCUGUGCCCAGCAUAUCUGGUACUUAAAAUCCCGAUCCAAAUGUAGACCAUGGGUUCACCUGGAAUUCCUUGUCCAUGGAAACAGUGUUUUGUUCUACUCUGAGGACAACAAACCGAAGGCCUUAACCAAUGGGGAUGAAUGAUCCCGCUCCUGUGGGGCAUGGCUGCUAUUAUCUGGAACCUGGGAAUUGGAUGCAUCACUCCUGUGUGUUACGGUAUUAAUUUAAUUGGCCUCAAUGGUUGCACCAAUCAGAGUCCCAGCAUUUGUACUGACAGACAAGGCAAAGGUACCAACUGUUCUGCUUCUUUGCAGAUCCUGCAAACUCAGAAUAACUCAUGAGGUGGUACCAAAGAUGAAAGCUACUCUUCAAUAAUCAUUUGAACUGGACAUGGAUGAUGCUGAAUUGUUGAUUGGAUGGAAAAAGGGCUGCCCAUAUUGUGCUGUACUAUGCUUAAGACCUUGGGCCACUUCUGGUCUUAACUGAUUCUGAAGCUUUGUCUUUUAGCCCACAGAAAGUAUAUUUCAUGUACUACUAGAUUUUUCUGGGACUCUUUAACAUUAGAGCCAUUUAUUUUUCUUCGAACUGAUGACCUCUAUGUUUGAAAGGAAUUAGGAGUGAAAUGAUCCUUAAAAAUUCAGGCAGGUAUGGAAAGGUGCUGCUACCCAUAUCUUCUUGACUUUGUCUCAUGACUUUCUUUAACUCAUGGGAUCUCCUUUGCAGUUAAAAGGAUGGUCCAUUAAUUCAUUGUUUCUUUGUGAUUUGUGAGUACUGAGCAUGAAUUACUGGUCUGCUCCCCAUUUUAAGAUUAGUUACUUUCUAUUAUAUAUUUAGUCUAGGUUGAUGUUUUAGAAACCAUGGGGCAUGGAGCAUGAGUUGUGAAUGGCAGGGUUAAAUGAGGGGAAAGAAACCUAGAAUCAUUUCUCAUGUGCAACACCAUCAAGUGUUGAAGCUAAACGUGUUCAACUGCCAGAGAUUACUUAAGAACUUGGGUUUUCUCAUUCAUCCACCCAGCACUACUAACUAAUCAGCAUAUAUAUAUAUAAUUUCCAAAAGCAGUCUCUGACCACCAACGUACACUGCCAAACAGAGAGGACAGAUCAGUUUUAGGUUCUUAAUCUAUGUGUUCAGUUCAUCUCCUCUCUUAAGACACUGAACAGACUACUCUUUGGAAUUGAGAUAACAUCUUAUUGUUUUAUAUGGACAUAUCUUUUAAAAAUAGUUCACAUUUGGAGAAUUCUUUUAUACUCAUUUGCUUUUUGUCUGAGAACCAUGUCUAUUUUUAUAACUCAAGUGUAAGUUCUAUAUACUCUCAACAUUCUCUAUACCGUCCAUUUUCUAGAGAACCCAGUAGCUUUUAUACAGUCUUACCAACUCUUGUGGUUUCAGAACAAGCUUUAUUUUAUGACAAAUACACUAAUGACAACUAAUUUCUCUCCAAAUCUACCUGCUAUUUUAGUUGUGGGAGUAGUUUUAUGUAAUCCAGUUGAUUGUUCUUGAAGCAGACUGAUGGAAUUCAAAAGACACCUGAUUUCUUUUGUGUAAGUUUACUUGGUAUUCUAUUGAAGAAUAAUUUAUCAUCAGAAUAGCUGGGAAAACUUGGGAAAGUCAGCCAUAAGCCAGAAUAAUGCAUUAGGAAAGCAAAUAGGAGAAAACAAUGAAUUUUAGGUUUUUCUUUUUUCCUCAAGAUGUCUGGAGAAAAAUUCUUUAUGUCAACCAAUUUCUCUGUUGCAUGAAUUUUGGUGUUUUGCUACAAUAGCAUGAGGGUUAUCAGGGCAAAAUUUAUUAUUGUAUUCCCAUAAAAUUUUUCUUGAAUGUCUCUUAAAUCAGUUACUCGUCAAUUUUCUUUCAGUGAACAGUGUUACCAUUAUGUAAAGUUUAACUUUUAAGAGAAUAUUAAAUCAAAGAAAAAUCUCAGUCCUCUUCCUUGUGUAUUAUCUUACUCUUUCGGAAAAGGAGUCACCAUAGUGCCUCCAAAAGAAGCAGAAGUUGAAUUCAGAAGAGAACAUGGGAUAAUUUUUCCCCCUUUAGCUCAUUAAUCUCAAGUACCAUGGGUACUAGCUAAUCAUCCUUAUUUAUGUCACUCGGGUAACUCUUGUGUAAAUUGUGUUGGUGAUCUUCAUUCCAGUUUCUAAAGUAAAAGGAACCUUCUCAGCAGUAGGCAUUGAUUCUGUUGUGAAGUCUCCUACUUGGCUACAGUCUCAGGGGCCUUGAGAUUUAUUCAUACUGUUAUUGCUUAGAGGCACUCGUGAGAUAUUCCACCCUGGUACUUCUGAAUUUUUUUUCCUUUAGAAAUCUAAAGAACUAGAAUAUUUAGAGUUCAUAAAAUGAAUCUAACCAUGUUAGGUUAACAUGACUUUCUCAUAAAAACUAGUUUAGUUGGGAGCUUAAUUCCUUAACUUUAAAUUUAAAGUCUGUUCUUUUCUUGCUCAAUUCUCUAAAUUAUUUGGGAUUGGGAUACUUUCCAAUUUGUACCUAAAGAUUUUGGCUAAAUAGUUGAUAAUGGCAAUCCUACUUACCAUUUUUCAUCGUUUUUUUUUUUGAUCUGUUGUAAAUUAGGGGAAAUGUCAUUAUGUUCUACAUGCAAUCUAAGAGGACUCUAAUACUUAAAAGCAUUUAGAUCAUAAUUAAAAUUAUCAUUUUUCCCAUAAAAUAUUGAUUGCACACUUGUUUCUGAAUUUAUGUAAGAGGUAUAGCUUGCUUAAAAUACAUAUAUAUGUAAAGUUAUAUUUUCUUAGAAACAUGGAUGUUUGCAACCAUUGCUUUCAAAGAGAUUAUUGUGUAUUCUCCGUUUUACAGUAUGUUUUCAUGAAGACUGUUAUACCAGAGGCUUCUGAUUAUCAAAGUGAUAACCAGUUUUAACUGCCUGUAUGUACCAGAUUUGUGAAUUAAAAAAAAAAACAUGAAUAAAAGGGAGUUUGCAAAC